AUGAACCAGUUAAGAUUAAUUCUCAUACCUUUGCGUGUUGUCAAUCUGGUUAGUCCGCAAAUCAUUAACGUAAGCAAACAAUCUAAUCAAAUGACUGUCCAUCCUUUGGAUCAACUGAGCCAUGAAGAGAUCAACAAGGCCUCUUCUGUUGUGUUGGAUUAUUUCUCCACCAAUGGGCACAAUGCCAUUUCGUUCAACACAAUAACUCUAAAAGAGCCAACGAAGCAGGACUAUCUUGCUUGGAAGGAAAAGGGUGAGGCAUUACCCCAUCGUGUUGCCUACUAUGUCGCCGUCGAGGCCGAUAUCAAGGGAGUACAUGAGGGCUUGGUCGAUCUGAACAUUGGUUCUGUGUAUGAAACGAAAUCUUUGGAAAACUUUCAGCCAAUGUUAACCGUUGCUGAUUUGAGUGAUGUCGAGGAGUUUGUCAGGAAAGACCCUAAUGUUAUCGAACAAUGCAAAAUUUCCGGAAUUCCUGAAGCUGAAAUGCACAACGUUUACUGUGACCCUUGGGCCAUUGGCUAUGAUGAAAGAUGGGGCUCUACAAGGAGAUUGCAGCAGGCUUUAAUGUACUACAGAUCCAAUGAAGAUGAUUCUCAGUACUCUCAUCCUCUUGAUUUUUGCCCUAUCUUGGACGCCAACACCAAGGAAAUAAUCUACAUUGAUAUCCCAAGCAGACGUCGCCCACUCUCCAAGUUCAAACACGCCAACUUCCACACCCAAGGUAUAAAAGAGAAGUAUGGUGGAUUCAGAGACUCCUCGAAGACGAUCAGCAUUUCCCAACCUAACGGCGUCUCCUUUACUAUGGAUGGUAGCGUUUUGGAAUGGUCCAACUUCAAGUUUCAUAUCGGUUUCAACAACAGAGAAGGAAUCGUUCUUUCUGAUAUCACGUACAAUGAUCAUGGAAAUGUGAGGCCACUGUUUUACAGAUUGUCUUUAGCUGAGAUGAUUGUUCCGUAUGGAUGUCCAGACUUUCCACACCAAAGAAAACACGCCCUGGACAUUGGUGAAUACGGCGCUGGUUUCAUGACUAAUCCGUUGAAGUUGGGAUGCGAUUGCAAGGGUGUGAUUCACUACCUGGAUGCCCACUUUGCUGAUAGACAUGGCAAAGCUUUCUCUGUUCCGAACGCUGUUUGCAUUCACGAAGAGGAUGAUGGUUUGCUUCAUAAGCAUUCAGAUUUCAGAGACGAGUUCCAAACUACCAUUGUUACUCGUGCUACCAAGCUUAUCGUCUCUCAAAUUUUUACUGCAGCUAAUUACGAGUACUGUUUGUACUGGAACUUUCAUCAAGACGGAACCAUUGGUUUAGAUGUCAAGUUGACUGGUAUUUUAAACACUUAUGUGUUGGCUGAAGGUGAAGAUGCUGGUCCUUGGGGUACUCAGGUUUAUCCUUUAGUAAAUGCCCAUAACCAUCAGCACUUAUUUGCCCUACGGGUGCAUCCAAGAAUCGACGGUGAUGGUAAUUCGAUUGGUAUGUCUGACGGUACUGCUUACGAGGCUCCGAUUGGUAGCAAAGAGAACUUUUAUGGUAACGGAUUUUACUGUAAGAAAACAACUUUUGAAAAAGUUAAAGACUCUCUCACUCAAGCAAAUGCUUCCACUGGUAGAACCUGGGAUUUCUUUAACCCUAACAAGAAGAAUGCCUACUCUGGAAAACCACCGAGUUACAAGUUAGUCUCCAAUAUGACUCCUACUGCUUUAGCUCAAGAAGGUUCCUGGGUUUGUAAGAGAGCUCCAUGGUCUACUAGAACUGUUCAAGUCGUUCCUUACAAAGAUGACCGUUUCUAUCCCUCAGGAAAGUUUGUCACUCAAUGGUCUGGUGAACAAUCUGAUGAUUACGAGAAUAUAGUUACUUGGAUUGGUGAUGGAGAGGACAACAUCACGAAUACAGAUUUAGUAAUGUUUCACACCUUCGGCUUAACCCAUUUUCCGGCUCCAGAGGAUUUCCCGUUGAUGCCAUCUGAGCCAAUAUCGCUUAUUAUGAGACCCAGGCACUUCUUCUUGGAGAAUCCAGCUUUGGAUGUUAAACCAUCGUAUGUCAUGACCACUUCAGAGGCUAUGAAGCAGCCUUUGGCUGAAAUAGAGGAUAAGGUUUCCAGAUUGGCUUUUGAUAGUGCAAAAGGAGAGUGUUGUGGUAAAUAG